AAUAUACUAUGUGAUAUUCGUCCGGCCUUGGUUCUGGCUUUCCAAUACUUUCACCCCCUUCAGUGCCUUCAUUCCAUCUGGGAGCAACAUUCACCGGAUCCGCUACUGUUGCUAUCCUACGAAUUGCCCCCCUCCCCCGUGCUGUCGUUCUGAUAUUCGCGGUUCUCGAGCCAACCGAGCCUCCCGCGAUUUUGCAGUCAACUCUUGAAGAUACAGAUUACCCUGGUCAUCCGUCGUCUCAAGCCAUUGCAUGCCUUUCGUACGCAUCGAACUUUUGAAGCGUUGGGUGGAUUGAGCAACAAACACGACAAACAUAAUCCAGAUCUAGUGAAGAAACCAUCCCAAUGAGAGUACUGUGAUCACAGUGUUAUAGUCCUUUCAGCGUCCUGGCUCUUCACCUCUCAAUCUUGCAAGUGUUAUCAGACCUCAAACGUCCUGCCAUAUGUCUCUCCCGGUAUUUCCACCGCAGCCGUAUCUCCCCACACUCCAUCCGAUCACACCCACCUUAGCUCCCUAUCCGCGGGCAGACAGUGCGAGGAAGCGACCCCUCGAGCCGGUGCCAGAUAUCUCGGACAAUUGGACUGCUCCCUUCCGGGACGGUCUGCCAACUCCCCCGAGUGAAAUGAACGGGGUUGCUACCUACAACGUCCUCCCCUCGUCCGCCUAUGGAUCGAAGUUGGAUGGGAUCACGCUGCCGCCGUAUGCCAAAGUAUCCGACUAUUCGCGCAUGAACCUCGAUGGAGCGACGGCGAUGGUCCCCGCGUCAAAGCCGCAAUACCAGCCUCCAGCCAAGGAGAACUCAGCCCGCGAGCCACACAACAGCCAAAAGAAGAGCAGCACCAACUCCGCCGUCUCGUAUCUGCAAAUCCCAGCGACGAUCAACAAUAGCAAGGGGAGCCUAGCCGAAUUCGCUGCGCAGAUGACCUGUCUCUUCUGGUUUGAAAGUGCAGCCAAGUUGACGGCGGUGGAAGAUCGUUCACCUUCGGCCGGCUCCUUCGCCCCUGAGACGGUGCCGUCAGUUGGCUUCCAGAAAUGGGUGACCAAUAUCCUCUCCACGACCCAAGUCAGUCAGAAUGUGGUGUUGCUGGCCCUCAUGUUCGUCUACCGCCUGAAGAAGUUCAACCCCGGAGUGCGAGGCAAGAAGGGUAGCGAGUAUAGGUUGAUGACCAUUGCACUCAUGCUGGGGAAUAAAUUUCUCGAUGACAACACAUACACCAACAAGACGUGGGCGGAAGUCUCGGGCAUUACGGUGCAGGAGAUUCACAUCAUGGAAGUCGAAUUCCUGAGCAACGUUCGUUACAACUUGUUCGUAUCGAAGGAGGAAUGGGGUAAAUGGCAUGUCAAGCUGGGACUCUUCGCAGACUACUUCAACAACGCCCCCCGAGCUUUGGAAAAGAGCGACAGACCGACUGCUCCGCCCGCACUUCGAGUUUCCCCCAAUCUGGGACCUGUUCCCCGGGCUGCGCUGUGCUCCCCUUCGAAAUUACCGUCGCCUCCCGCAAACGACUCUCUGCGAUCCCACAACUGGCCUUUGCCAUUGAAUGCGAUGCCGUAUGCUGGAGGAGUGUGUCAAUUGCCGCCGAGUGACAUGCCACUGGCCAACCCACGCAAACGGAGCCGUGACGAGGCGGUGGAGGAGUUGCCGUCCAAGAGAAAUACUGCCAUGAUGUCCAAUCUGCCGUCAACUUCCGCCUUGUCCAAUAUUCCCGCCCUGCCACCCGUCUUGUCAUCGAUCCCGACAUCGACAUCAAUGUCAAUGCCUUCUCACCUUCCGACGAUGCCAGAGUCCGUUUCUCGUCUGCCGCGUCCCAAUUUCGCCUCUCACAGCCUGCCUCCGGCCAUGCCUCCAGCCGUAUCAGUGCCUCAGCUGCCCUCGACCGGCCGCGUCAUGGCACCAGUCUACGCCCCUCCUAGCACUUGGAUCUCGCAGCAGUUGCCCACCACAACGGUUGCGCCUACCGUUCCAGCGGUUCCCCCUCUCACGAGUGCCCUCUACAAUUCCUUGCCGGACCCCAGCAGACACCACAACAGUCCGUUUGCGAUGUCGUCAGCCACCAUCUCUCCCGCCGUCUCUGCCUACUCCGUCACUUCGCAGACUCACCUGUCGCCUUCCUUCUUCCUCGCGAACCGGAACUCGCCUUAUCGGCCCGUUCGCAGUGUCAACACCCUUCUGAUUCCACCUCCCUCCACCUCCCUCCAGCAGCAGCGCAGCGUCCCUUUCGAUCAUAUGCACUACCAGCCUCUGGGAAAGACUGCCGCAGAGCGCAAGACCGGUUUGCUGCCGUACCUCCACCACGAAGCUUGGCCAACUGGGCCAAUUGGCCAGCCAAUGUUCCACUCAGCCAGCUUCAACUUUUCAUAAAUCUCCUACCCUUUCCUACACCACCUCUGAACGCAAUUUUACGACUUAACACUUGACGACGAUGCAUACGAGAAGAUCCGACCCUCGCUCUUGUUUUAUUCGAU